AUGAUCACCGACGCGAUUGUGGUGUCCAAGCCCGGGGCACCCUUCCAAUACCAGCAGAUCGAGCUCCACGAUAACCUCCGGGCAGAUGAAGUCCUCGUGCACGUCAAGGCGACUGGCGUAUGCCACACCGACCUCAACUUCUCAAAGGAGAAGACCAUGCCAGAGCUGUUUCCAGCUGUCCUGGGCCACGAGGGUGCCGGGGUUGUCGAGCGGACGGGAUCAAAGGUGACGAAAGUGGCAAAAGGAGAUCACGUCGCCGUCGUCUUCAGCUCAUGUGGGGAGUGCAAGUACUGUCUGCGCAAGCAGUCAUCGUAUUGCGACUUGUGGUUUCAGUACAAUUUUGGCAUUGGAAGGCUGGAUGGGUCGAAGGUAUUUUCGAGCCUGUCUACUGGGCGACCCAUCACGAGUCACUUCUUCGGACAGAGCAGCUUUGCGCGGCAUAUCUUGGUGUCUCAAAAUGGGCUGGUCAAAGUCGAUAAAGGCCUGCCCUUUGAGCAGGUCGCAGCGCUAGGCUGCGGAGUCAUGACGGGCGCUGGGGCAAUGCUGAACGUCGUCCAACCAGCUUCGGACAUGACUGUUGCUGUUGUAGGCGCCGGAGCCGUAGGGUUGUCAGCAAUCAUGGCUCUGAAGAUGCUCGAAACACCACCCAGGAAGAUCAUCGCCUUGGACAUCGUCCCUGCGAGGCUGGAACUGGCUCGUUCAUUCGGCGCAACCCACGGCGUCAAUUCUAAAGUCCGCCCUGAGCUCAUGAAAGUCCUUCUGGAUAUCACAAACGGGCGGGGCGUGGAUGGUGCUAUAGACACCACGGGGAAGCCGGAGGUGAUCAAAGAACUUGUGCACAGCGCUGCAAGGAAAGGCAAGGUCGUAACUGUGGGUGUUGGCGAUCUCUCCGCGGAAGCAUCAUUUAAUAUGUUUGAGAUGGUAAAUGCAGGAUGCAGCUACGUUGGUUGCAACCAGGGAGACUGUUAUCCUCAAGAGUUUCUACCAAGACUCCUGGCCGCGAAUCAGGACGGGAGAUUUCCCUAUGACCAGCUCAUCAAGACAUAUCGCGCCAAGGAUAUUGAGAAGGCGGCCCAUGACAUACAUAGCGGCACCACCGUCAAAGCUGUAUUGCUCUGGGACUGA